AUGCUGGCUAUGUGCCUGUGCGAGAGCUUCUUCAGCGGUGUGUUUUGCGAGAUGUUGACCGGCGGUGAGAAACAAUCGGCUACCGUCCUGGCUGUGUGCGAGGCCAUCAGAGAUGGGAUCGCUGCCUGCUUCAUGGACAAAACCGCAGUGAAUGGAGGCACACAUGAUGAGCUGAUGGACGGCCUCGGGCGUGUGAAGACGGUUGUUUGCGGCUUUGCAGCUUUGCUUGAUCCCGUGAGCGGCUCUGUGGAGGAUGUCCUCCACAUGAAGAAUUCCAGCAGCAGCAUGGACAUGGAAGUGACGGUGAAGAACAUCCUCUCCGGUGGCAACUUUUACAGCCGACUCAUGGACGACCUCGUGAAGAAAGGUGCAUCCAAUCAGGUCGCGAAACCCAUUUUGGAUGGCCUUGUGCAGCAGUACCUCGCCUCGGAUGAGGUGUCCACAGACACUUUGCGUGAAAGUGCGAAGAACCUCCCACAGCUUCGUCAGAAGAUGAGGACCAAAGCCACCACGCAGCUGGAAGACCUCAUGCUGAAGGCCUUGAUGCGGCAUGGCAACGACAUCAUCAAUGCAAGCACCGACGCCAGCCAAGUCAGCCCCAGCAUGCUUUGUGCAUGUGUGGAUGGCUUGCAGCUCUUCUUGGACAAGAAAGGCGUUCCGGAGCUGUUGCACAAACUUGAGACCUUCCGAGGUACAUGCAAAGUUGAGCUGGGGUUGGCUCAUCUCAAGGAGGGGUUGGAGAAGUUCAAGAUCGCGGAGGAUGCAGGUGAUGAUGCUUUCAGAGCCUUGGACUUCACAAGCAUCACCUCGACCAUUGACGAGCUGGGUGGCAUUCCAAAUGAGCUCCCGGACGAUGUGCGCCAGCAGUGUGCUAGCGUCAUGCGACCUCUUCUGAGGCACUUCAAGCUGAAG